AUGGCCGAGGAGGCCAAGAACGCAGGGGCGGAAGCGCUACCGACCAAGGACAUCGCCGAGGAGACCCUCGUCAUGGUGGAGAAUGCCGAGACUCCUGCACCUACAGCCACAGGUGGUGGCUGGUGGCUCACGCGGCGUUUAGGGGCGGCCAGGAGGCUGGCGAGCGUCACCUCUUGGGAGAACUCCAAGAUCGCGGAGAUGGAGGCCGAGCUCAAGAAGAUCCACGAGCAGCUGGAGAUGAAGAAGUCGGCGCAAGCGGAGAAGCUGAAGAACAGCGCGGCGGCGGUGCACAGAGCUGCAGAGGAGAAGCGCGCGGCUGCCGUAGCGCGGCGCGGCGAGGAGGUCAUCGCCGCGGAGGAGGCGGCCGCCAGGUACCGCGCCAGGGGGCAGGCGCCCACCAGGCUCUUCGGCAGGGGGUAG